UUUUGACUCUGGACUAGAAAUGACACCAGUAAAUAUGCAACAACUUCAACCACAACCACCUCGCCAAACUGUUCAUGUACAAUUUCAAUCACAACAAUUCCAGCCACACCAAUUCCAAACAGGACCAUCCCAACAACAACAAUUCCAACCCGGACAAUUCCAACCUCAACAAUUCCAAUCACAACAAACAUCACAUGAUUUAAAUAACAUUCCAAGAAAUGAUGCAAAUGAAAACAAUUCAAAUACUGGUGAUGGAAAUAAUGGUAAGAGAGAUAAAUAUUCUGUUGAAAUAUUAAGUUAA